AUGGCAGUUCCAUCCUUGCCAGAGAAGGACCCGUCGAUGUUGAGUCUUGCCCAGCCGGCCGGCCGGUGGUUCCUCCCAUCCACGUACUGGUGGCUUCACCAGCUGCUGGCCGUGUGGUUUGCAUGCAGAAACAAAAAAGACCCCCUCUUCGCGUGGCGGCAGGCGCGGCAGGCGACACGUGGAACCUGCCGCCACCAGCCGAGGCGGCUGGGGCCUGCCGCCACGGCGCGAGGCGGCCGGCCUGCCUUUCCGUUGCAGCUCGCCCGCGACGUAACGGGCACAGAGGCAGUGUACCCUUUUUUGGAGGAUACGAGUAGUACUGCACACAAGUCCAUCUUUAUUGAUGGAUGGCGAGGGCUUGGUGCUUCGGCGGUGCUUAGAGCCAUAGCCAAAGAACCUCCACCAUCUCUGCUCAACAAAUUCAACAAGAUCAUUCAUGUCGAUUGCUCGAGAUGGAAAAGCCGAAGAGCACUCCAGAGGACAAUCGCACAAGAACUGAAGCUUCCUCAACGGGUCAUGGAUAUUUUUGAUAGACAAGAUGAAGAAGAUGAUUUCGGAGGGAUAGAUGAAGGGUCCAGAGUUGAUAUAGAAUUGGUUGGGAGAGAGAUCCUUCAAACCCUUAUGGGACAAAGUUGUUUAGUGAUCUUUCAUAAUGGAAGCAAUGGCAUGGUUAAUAUAAGUGAUUAUGGCAUUCCUCAAGGAAAACUUUACGAUAAUAAGGUAUUGUGGACAUUUCGAGGAAGGUUUCGGCUCAACUCACGAAUUAGUGAGAAGGUGGAUACUUCUAAUUUGUUCAUUUACAAUGACUGGCCGUAUAAACGUUGGAAUUAUUUGCUCCAAAAUGAGACUAGAGAAAUUGCUGGGUACACUCAUAAUGUUGGUGCAGCAGUUGAAGAGUGUUGCUUGUAUCUCCUGUCAUUAAAUUCUCAAGGAGGCAACAUCAUGGACUACAACUGGGCCACCCAUGCUUCUAGCUAUUGGGUCUGCGAUGGAAUUAUACAUGGAGGUCAGGGUGACGAAGCAUGGGAGGUUGCAGCUGCUUUGCAUCAACAAAUAAAUAUAGAGGAUUAUUCAUCUAAUGUUGUGCCCUCUUUUGGUGAUGUACUAGAGACUCCUCCGAAACGGUGGAUAUUGUCCAAGGACAGCUCUGUUGUACAUCCAGAGUCAACGUCAUUUUUCCUUGCUGCAGUUGCAAGCGAGUCUGAUCAUCCAUUAAGACCCUUACCUAAUGACAUGUUCCAUCAAUCGAACAAGCUUCGUGUGCUCAAGUUAUGCCGCCGCACCUUCAGUUUCUCUUCACCUCCUUUCAGCUGUUGCAAUAGCUUAAGGUUCCUUGGAUUAGACCACUGCAAGGAUCAACAUGAAGAAGAUGAGAAGCAAGGUAGACCAACAAUGCAAAUUUUUCAUAGCCUAUGGGUACUAGACAUAUGCCACACUGACUGGGAGUUGGAUUUAUCGACAGAAAUAACAGAGCAGAUGGCUGCAAACAUUAGGGAGGUACAUAUAAAGAAAGGAAGGAUUUGGUGUCGCAGUUUUGCAUGGAGACAACUGCAGAACCUUCACAAGCUUCGAGUAAUUGAGCCCACAUCCCCUUGGCAGACAUGUGAAAUGAACGAAUUUAAAGAUAUGGUGAAGAUGGAGUUCCUCGAUCUAUUUGGGAAUAGUACAAUACAACUUUUGCCAUGUCUAUCAGGGGCAACAAGACUCAGGAUCUUGGUUCUAGAUGGUUGUAUUGGGCUGAAGACUGUUGGCCCAGAAGGACUCCCUGUGUCACUUGAAUCAUUCAGCUUAGAUGUGUGUACAAGAGUGGAUCAAAAUGAGCAAGCCAAAAUAUCUCGUAUCUCUUUGGCUGGUUGUGGAAGAUUGUUGAAGUUCAUAUUGCGUGGAUCACUUAAAAAACUUGAGGAGCUAGAUCUAUCAGGCACACUGGUAAAAACACUUGACCUCAAAGAAGUGCAUGCCCAAAAUCUCCAACAAAUAAUUCUACUGGAAUGUUUGCAACUCCAUGCCAUUAUAUGGCCAGAAAAGGGUCUACCAACACUUACAGUGCUGCACAUUGGUUCCUCGGUCAGCCCUGUUCAAACAACACUACAUAAAGUGUAUGUUACUAUGAUUGACAUAAGGUUUUUUCGGUCCUUGGUGUUACAAGACAAUGCCCGAUUCUGUUGGAAGAGCAAUAGGUUCCAUCUCAAUCUUUUUGUCCCUUGUACGACCAAUGUUAACGGACAAAGCUAUAUGAAGGAGAAGAUGGGCCCUGGUAAUAGUGGGCAAAUAAUGGCCCCACCUCGACGGAUGUCAUUAGCCCCCAAUACUUACAACACCUACAUUGAUGCCUCUAUUGGCAACAUAAUUACUGACCAUCAAUACAACAAUGGAAUGCAGUUUCAGCCGUCAGGCUGUCAUGUUGAGAUUGGUAAGGGAAUUAGCAAUGCUAAAGUGGAGAGUGAACAAAUAAUAAGGGCAACCAUGUUUGCGAUGAAUAACGUUGAGUCGUUGCAUGUGCAUGACAAUUCUUCCAUCAUCAUUGUCAUCCCUGAAUACAUGACGUCCAUUGAUGGUACGGCACUUGGUUGGCGACAUCUAAAACAGUGCCAUGUGGUGAGAUGCCCCAAGUUGCACACAGUCUUCACCCCUAACUAUGAUAGAAUCUACCCCUUUGAAGAAAUAGAAACCUUUUGGGCUUCUGAUCUCUUGAAUGUUCACUGCAUUUGGAACAAAGGAAGGACCUUCAGUGGCACCGACAACACUUCAUUUGCCAAACUGAAGAGCAUACACUUGUACUCUUGCCCGAGGCUCACAUUUGUGCUCCCCUUGUUGAUGGGUAUUCAAGGAUCAUAUUUGUCCAACUUAGGAAGUCUUCACAUUGUCAAAUGUGGUGAUCUAAAGGUGGUGUUUCCUGUUCAUCCUGACCUCAAAGAAGAUGUACUUGGGUUCCCAAGACUGAAGCACAUCCACCUGUAUGAGCUCUAUAAGCUGCAACAUAUAUGUGGGGUCAAGAUGCAUGCACCCAAGCUUGAGAGGGUGUGGCUCAGGGGCUGUUGGGGUCUCAGGCGCCUCCCAUCAGUUAGCCUAGAUAGGGGCCCCAUUGUAGACUGCGAGAAGGACUGGUGGGAGAAGCUGGAGUGGGACGGACUGGAGGUCGGCCAUCAUCCUUCCCUCUUUAAGCCGCGCCAUUCAUCCCAUUACAAGAAGUCUCUUCCUAGAGGCUCAGUUCUAUGGUGAAUCCACGUAGCCGCUCAGGAUUGGUGGUGGCUAACACAACGGCGAAGUCUUGAUGCUCUCUCGGCUGCUGUCGUUGCUGCAACGGUGCCCUCAGAUGUUUGCCUACAAAGUUUGUGUCUGCUGGUGUGUUUUCUGAAGAAUAAAUUCGUACAAGCUUGAUGUUGUGGGUGUGUGCACGCACCUGCUCAACUUUGGUUUUUGUGGGUCUGUGUGGUUUGCAUUGUGGUUAUGUGUAUGGCUUUAAUAAGAAGGGUUUGGUGAGCCUGUAGCACGUAAGGUCGGUCGCACAACCCCAUUGGUGUGCCCAAGACUUUUUUUUUG